AGCGCCGCGAGCCCGUCCUUUUCCCGUCGCAAGUAUUGUAGGCGAAUUUGAACAUGGCACCUAAGAAGGGUAAGAAGCAGGAGGACCAGGUCCAGGUUUCGCUCGGACCCCAGGUGCGGGAGGGCGAGAAUGUCUUCGGCGUCGCCCACAUCUACGCCAGCUUCAACGACACGUUCGUGCACGUGACGGACCUCUCGGGCCGGGAGACGAUCGUGCGCGUCACGGGCGGCAUGAAGGUCAAGGCUGAUCGUGACGAGUCGUCGCCGUACGCCGCCAUGUUGGCCGCCCAGGACGUGGCCGAGAAGUGCAAGACGCUGGGCAUCACGGCCCUGCACAUCAAGCUGCGCGCCGUCGGCGGCACGCGCACCAAGACGCCCGGCCCGGGCGCGCAGUCGGCGCUGCGGGCGCUGGCCCGCUCCGGCAUGAAGGUCGGCCGCAUCGAGGACGUGACGCCCAUCCCCACGGACAGCACGCGGAGGAAGGGAGGUCGCCGCGGCCGUCGCCUGUGAGAACUGACCACAUCAGCUGAGGCUGCUGUACCGCCGCUACCGCGAGACAGAGCGAAUACACGGCUGUAUGGGCCAGCU